UAAGCGUCUGCGUUUUAGCCUGUGCCAUAUUUAGUGCUGUUCAACCUUCAAAAUGGCUGCCAAGAUGAGAUUCUUGAGCAGCCGCAAUGUUUUUUUAGCUAGACAAUUAUUCAGAACUCUGGCAGAUGACAGUAGUGUAAAGGUCACAGGAGCUGAGAGCGUAUCUGCUGCUAUGGGAGAAGUUGCUCCAAAACACACUGAGCGUGACACAAUUAUUGUCCCCAGUGUUGAAGACAUGUCACUGCUCAAUGGUAUGCCAGAGGAGCAUGUCAAGACAAGGAGGGUACGAAUCUACAUGCCAGCAAGAAAUGCUAUGCAGAGUGGAACUUUUGGUCUUAAUAAAUGGAGAAUGGACUAUGAUACUAGAGAACGCUGGGAAAACCCUUUAAUGGGCUGGCAAUCUACGGGUGAUCCAUUAUCCAAUGUACAUUUGGAGUUUGCAAGCAGUGAAGCUGCAGUUGAAUUUUGUGAAAAAAAUGGUUUGGAGUGUUAUGUAGACAAACCUCAGAAGACAACAUUUAAACACAAAUCUUACGGAGCAAAUUUCAGUUGGAAUAAGAAAACUAGGGUCUCUACUAAAUAAAUUAUACUGUAAUAGAUUGAAGAAGGAUUUUUUUGUGUGUGUUUUUUUAUAACAUGAAUAUGAAACUGAGAUCUACAUUUAUUGCAUUACCCAUUGGAAACUAUUCAAUGCACAGCGCAUUCAGAUUUGAAGUAAAGUUUUCCGUCAUAAAGAUUUUGCACAGGGAUAAAAUUUCUACUAAAACGAAAGAACUUUAUUUUACAAGAACUAAUUCAGUUAUAAACAUCUGUUGGAGUUUGCUAAUAAAAAAAUUAUUUAAUUUUUCUAUGAUGUAACUUGUAAAUGAAAAUAUUGUUAUAUAAAUUG